CCUGAUUUCCGUGGGACUGGGAAGCGAAAGAGGAGGGUUGUGCGCCUUUCAGGAACUGAGGGAAACAGCCGCAAACGGCCUAACUAACUUCACAGAUUAACAACUUUUAGCCCUGCUGCUGCCUCCGCUGGGACGACGUUAACUUUUCUCCGCUUUGGCCCUCCCAGCUUCCCUCUUUGGAUUAUCAUUAUUGGUUAUUCGUCUCUAUCGGAGAGGACGGGAAGCGCCUCGAGUUGAACCCGGUUUGAAGGGCUGUGGCCAUGGCCGGGGGAGGAGGCGGAGGGGUUUCUCCUCUGGGGCCCACUCCGCCGAUGUGGUACCACCGGGACCUCAGCCGAGCGGCGGCCGAAGAGCUGCUGGCCCGAGCGGGGAGAGACGGCAGCUUUCUGGUGCGGGACAGCGAGAGUGUCAACGGGGCUUACGCCCUGUGUGUGCUGUUUCAGAAGCACGUCCACACCUACAGAAUCCUACCGGACGAUGAGGGUUUUCUGGCCGUCCAGACGUCCCAGGGCGUUCAGCCGAAGCGGUUUAAGACGCUACCAGAGCUGGUGUCUCUUUACCUGCAGCCCAACCAGGGCCUGGUUACUACCCUGCUGUACGCCGUGGACAGGGAGGAGAUGGCUGUCCCUGAUGAUAGGGACUAUUCAGAUGGAGAGGACGAGAAGCCGCCUCUCCCCCCUCGCUCUGCCUCCACCUCCACUCCACCCGCACCUGAAACGCCGACAGAAAGUACACCAGCAGCUAACGGUCUGAGCACCAUCUCCCACGAGUACCUGAAGGGCAGCUAUGCUCUGGACCUGGAGGCCGUCAAACUGGGAGCCUCCUCCCUGCCUCAUCUCAACAAGACCCUCGUGGCCUCCUGUAAACGUCUCAAUGGGGAGGUGGAUAAGGUUCUGUCUGGUCUGGAGAUCCUCUCUAAAGUGUUCGACCAGCAGAGCGCCUUUAUGGUCUCUAAGAUGAUCCAACAGUCGGUGAAUCCGGGAGGAGACCAGGAGCUGGAGAACUUAGUGACCAAGUUGGCUAUUCUCAAAGACCUGCUGUCCUCUAUAGAGAAGAAGGCUUUGAAAGCUCUACAGGACAUGAGUUUGUCCUCACCGUGCCCCCCUCCGCUGUUCUCCAUGCGCCACAGCAAAGCCAUUCCUGUGCAGGCCUUUGAGGUGAAGCUCGAUGUUUACCUGACAGAGCUGACAAAGAUAGGAAAGAGCCAGAAAUACACUUUGUCCGUGGACGUUGAGGGAGGGAGGCUGGUCGUGAUGAAGAAGGUGAAGGACAAUCAGGAGGACUGGACCACCUUUACACACGACAAAAUACGUCAGCUGAUCAAGUCCCAGAGGGUUCAGAACAAACUGGGCAUUGUGUUUGAGAAGGAGAAGGACAAGAGUCAGAGGAAAGACUUCAUCUUUGCCAGUGCCAAGAAGCGGGAGGCAUUUUGCCAGCUGCUGCAGCUAAUGAAGAACAAACAUUCCAACCAGGAUGAGCCUGACAUGAUUUCCAUUUUUAUAGGAACCUGGAAUAUGGGCUCAGUUCCUUCGCCUAAGUCUGUAGCUUCCUGGGUGUUGUGCCGCGGCCUGGGGAAAACUCUGGACGAGAUGACCGUCACCAUCCCCCACGACCUUUACGUGUUCGGAUCGCAGGAGAACUCGGUGUGUGAUCGAGAGUGGGUGGAGUCCCUACGAACCGUGCUGAAGGAACAGACGGAGCUGGAUUAUAAACCAAUCGCUGUGCAGACGCUGUGGAACAUUAAACUUGCUGUUUUGGUGAAACCUGAACAUGAAAACAGGAUCAGCCAUGUGGGGAUGUCCAGUGUUAAGACAGGAAUCGCUAAUACACUGGGUAACAAAGGAGCGGUCGGUGUGUCGUUCAUGUUCAAUGGGACGUCGUUUGGUUUCGUGAACUGUCAUCUGACCUCAGGGAAUGAGAAGAUUGCCAGGAGGAACCAGAACUACCUUGACAUCCUGCGACUGCUGUCUUUAGGAGACAAACAACUGAGCUCCUUUGACAUCUCACUGCGCUUCACACACCUCUUUUGGCUCGGAGACCUCAACUACAGGCUGGAUAUGGAUAUUCAGGAAAUUUUAAAUUAUAUUAACAGGAAGGAAUUUGAGCCUCUGCUGAAAGUGGACCAGCUUAAUCUGGAGAGAGAGAAGAAUAAAGUGUUUUUACGAUUUGCCGAAGAAGAGAUCUCGUUCCCCCCCACCUACCGUUACGAGCGAGGCUCAAGGGACACAUAUGUGUGGCAGAAACAGAAGGCUACAGGGAUGAGGACCAAUGUGCCGUCGUGGUGUGACCGAAUCCUCUGGAAGUCCUACCCAGAAACGCACAUUGUGUGCAACUCCUAUGGUUGUACAGAUGAUGUUGUGACCAGUGAUCAUUCCCCUGUGUUUGCUACGUUUGAGGUUGGAGUGACAUCUCAGUUUGUCUCCAAAAAAGGUCUACCAAAGUCUUCAGAGCAGGCCUACAUCGAGUUUGAGAGCGUUGAGGCCAUCGUGAAGACGGCGAGCCGGACUAAAUUCUUCAUAGAGUUCUACUCUACUUGUCUGGAAGAGUUUAAGAAAAGCUACGAGAACGACAGCCAGAGCAGCGACAAUGUGAACUUCCUGCGUGUGGGCUGGACCAGCAAGCAGCUUACCACCCUCAAACCUCUCCUGUCGGAGAUCGAGUACCUGCAGGACCAACAUCUGCUGCUGACAGUCAAAUCGGUGGAUGGAUACGAGUCCUAUGGAGAGUGUGUGUUGGCCCUUAAAUCAAUGAUUGGCAGCACUGCCCAGCAGUUCCACACGUACCUGUCCCACCGAGGAGAAGAAACGGGGAACAUCCGGGGGUCAAUGAGGGUCAGAGUCCCAGCCGAACGGAUGGGCACCAGGGAGCGGCUGUAUGAGUGGAUCAGUGUGGACCAAGAUGAGACAGGCGGACCCAAAGGGAAAUACACCAUGAUGUCCAGAGCGGGACACGAGUAUGUGAGACAGUCUGUAGAUCGUAAACAACCCGGAGAGCUGGGAAAGGUCAAUGAGGAGGGGGAAAAAAGCUGCAAGGAGGAAACUGCAGCAAGACCCAAACAGGACACACCAGAAGGGGAUUCGUCUAUCGGAAAAAACAGCUUCAACAAUCCUGCCUACUACAUCCUGGAGGGCGUUCCCCACCCAUCGGCUGCUGCUCUUUCUCCUGAGCUCCUCCCAUCUUCUACCUCUCCAACCGCUCCGGCUGUUAAAGCCCCACCUCCCUCAGCUGGGGCUCGUACCAAACCUCCUCCUGCGACCUCUGGGCUCACUCACUGCCACAGAGGUGUGGCAGGACACCUAGCCCGCGGAAUCAGCGAGGAGAGCUCCUCAGAGGAUGAUGGAGGUGCCGCUCUGGCAGUUGCUCAAGGAGGAGGCGUUGCAGGAACAGUCGGAAAUACGCUGAAUCGUCCUCCUCCAGACUUCCCCCCUCCUCCUCUCCCUAAGGGAGCUCUAGAGACCGUUGCAGAGGCCCAGUUCAGCAAGCCUCGUUCUCUUUACCCGGACCUAGCUGAGGUCAAGAUCCCAUCAGCUGGUCCUGGUGGGCCUCUUGGCCUGGGAGAGGGUUUCAGGCGAGGGGGGGGGGGGGCAUUGGACGAUCAGUCCUGCUCUGUGCUGCAAAUGGCAAAGACUCUGAGUGAGAGUGAGUUUCCUGGACAGCCUCCCCGAGCUCCCUCUGCGCCACCACCUGUUCGAGUAACACCAAUUGGUAUUCUGGACGCGUGCCGCACCUUCCCACCCAGGAACCCUAUCCCAGAGAGCAUUGCAGAGGACAUGCCAGAGGAGGCACUCUGGGGCAGCAGUAGCUCAUCCUUGUCUGUGGGAGAGUCAUCAGUGGGGGAGUGGCUGCAGAGACUGGGUCUGGAGAAAUAUGAGGAGGGGCUUCUACACAACGGCUGGGACGAUCUGGAGUUCCUCAGUGACAUCACUGAGGAGGACCUGGAAGAGGCCGGAGUGCUGGAUCCUGCCCACAAGCAGAUCCUGCUAAAGAGCCUCAGGCAGCAGCAGCAGCAAAAAUAAACUGCAGCAAAUUGGUCUUUGACUUAUCUUAACCGACACGGAGCCACACCAGUUCCUAAAAGGCCGGAUUUCAGCUGAACCGACCCAGUCCGUGCUGGAACCUGCUAAGUGAUGCCAGACAGUGCCUUCUGAGAGAGAAUUGCACUCCCUUUGUACUUUCAAGAACACUUGGUGACCCAACGUCCUCUUUCAUUUGUACUGUAUGUGUGUUGUUAUUGUUGUUAUUGUUGUAGAUGUGGCCUUAUUUAAUCAUUUCAGUCCUUCGAGCAUCACUACAGAAUCCCUCGCUGUGAAUGCAGUAAGAACAUUAUUUCCACAUAGUUAUAACGGUAAAACUGAUGCAUGGGGGCGGUGCAAUGUAUGCUGUGACAUCAGAUCUGACCUGUGGCUGCAAGAAAUUUAAAGCCCAUUUCCUUUUUUACUUGGGAACUGGAUUCUGAAUGAGGAGUCAUUAAGAACUGGGCAAAUUUGAGACUUUCAAAGCCUAAUUCUUGGAAAUCAGAGUUUGGGAAGAGCUGUUUGUAGGUUCUGGGAUAGGGGCGAACAAGAUGUAGCGACAGAAAUGAAGCUAUCUAGGCAAUUUUCAAAUAAUCGGAGAUCACUUUUUUUGGUCCGAUCAUGUAUUUGGUAAUGUCUGGGCCACAGUUUAUUUGAUUUAUGGUCGGUAGUCAGUGUCUCUGCAUGUAUUUAAAAUUAUAAGUUUAUUUUUGAUUAUAAAGGGAAUUUUCAGCUAACCAAAUUGAUACAUUUAGAGCUGGAACUGUGUAUUUUCACCUCGAUGCAGCAUUUAUGUCACCCACUGUUCUCGCACAUCUCAUACUGAGAUCUUGCAAUACAGAAGAGAAAAAAAAAGUUUGCCAUAAUGUAAACAUUAUAUUUACCCGCAGAUGAUGUGCAAGUACGGAACAUUUCCUGUACAACUGAGUAAGGAUGGCUAUAAAUUUACGAACACACAUCAGGUCAUAUAUGCUGCACCAAGGUCUGAUGAGACUGAAUAUUACGUGUUUUAAGCAGCUACAUUUCCAUUUUUUGAGCUGGCAUUUGUGUACGUUGUCACAUUUGUAUUUUCUUCAUUUCAACUGUUUUAAAUGCCGCAGCGUUCAGGGAAUUGGUUAAUAUAGCCGAGGAGAUUUGCUAGAACAGAUUUAAUUAGCCAUCAUAAUGUUGUUUAUGGUUAAGAGCUGAUUUUAUUGUCAUAACUGGAGAUGUUUCUGCUGUUUAGGUCCAUAUUUUGUACUUAUGGCAAUAUUUUCCUCUUUAACAAAUUGUUGGGCUCGUGUUCCUUAAUUUCACCAGCAGGUGGAGCUGUUUCCCCCUUACACAGCCUCCCUAGACGCUGAUUCUGGAAACUUGAGGAACAAAGUUUUGUUACUUGUUAGCCAGCGGUUUGCCAAUGAUUUCCUUUUUCAGUAAUGCUCUACAACAUUUUCACAGGGUCACGCUUAACUAUUUACUGUUUUUACACGUUACAGUGAAACAAUAUUAGAAAAAAACUUGAGUCUUCGGAUGUAGAAAUCAAGCCCUUUUGUGGAAACAGAUUCCCAGUUUGUUGUUCCCGGUUUUCUUUGUGGCUUACUUAUUUCAAACAGCCAAACAUGUCAUUUAAAUGUGUCUAAUCUUUCCAAGCCUUUCAGUGUUCUCAGUGAUGUGUUUAUAUAUGUGUGUGUUUGUGAAGUAGAGACUUACCUGUGUUAUUUUUCACCUCCUCCACUCCAUUCAGCUUGUAUGUAGCCUUGUGCUUUUGGUUGUAUUAAGUUAAUUAUUCGCCCUUGUUUUGUUUGUUUUGUUGGUUUUUUUUCAAUUAAAAUCUUAUAUUUCUCCUUA